AUGGCCAAUCCCGCAGACAUCCCAAUCAAGCUCACUGAGCUUUUACAGCUGAAAUCCAUCGGAGUUUCGACCGUUGAGUCCGACCGCUUCGUCUGCGUACGACAGAAUGUCGGUGGCCAACAGCAGAUCUUUGUGGUCAAUCCCAAAAACCCUGAUGAAAUCAUCCGUCGUUCCAUCCCUGGCGCGAGUGCUAUUAUGCAUUGGAAUAAAUACAUUCUAGCCGUCAGGUCGGAAGACGGAAAUCUCCGAAUCAUAAACCUCCAGACGGAACAGAUACUGAAGGACGUUAGAUUUAGAGUCAAGAUAUUGUUCUGGAAAUGGAUCAAUGAGCGUUCUCUUGCCCUGGUGACAGCAACCCAUUCCUACCACUGGGACGUAUUCGGCGAGAAAACCCAGCCUGUUGAAGCAUCUGUGCAUAAAGAAAGGAUAGAUGAGGAGGUGGAUGAUGAGCAAUGGACGGCAGUUAUUGCUGUUCAGGCCCAAGACAACAGCAAGCCCACUCUGGGGAAGAUUCAACUUUAUUCCCGUGCGCGAUCCGAAUCCCAAAUAAUCGAAGGGCACGCAGCAGCCUUUGGCAAAAUCCGCGUCGCUGGAAACCCUGCUGAAACGAAAAUCUUCACGUUUGCUGUUCGAACUUCAACCGCUGCGAAAAUACACAUUGUGGAAAUCGACAACGAAAACCCCACUAAAAAAUUUCCCAAGAAAGCUGAACAACUCUUUUUCCCGCCGGAGGCCAUUACAGAUUUCCCCUCUUCUAUUCAGCUUUCUAGGAAGUACGAUAUCGCUUACAUCGUGACGAUGUUCGGUUUCAUUCAUCUGUACGAUCUGGAGAGUGGUAGCUGUCUGUUUUUGAACAGAAUUUCUUCUAGAUCAAUAUUCGCCACGGCCCUUGAUUCGGAAUCGGCGGGUCUCGUUGGAGUUAACCGCGAUGGCCAAGUUCUUGCCGUCAGCGUCGAUGAAGAAAAGAUAAUCCCAUACAUUCUACAAAAGCUCAAUAACGAAGGACUUGCAGUCAGACUCGCGUCGAAGGGAGGACUUCCAGGAGCGGAUGGUUUUCUGAAGAGAGAAUUCGACUCAAUGGUGGCACGGGGAGAUUAUGUCCAAGCUGCUAAGAUUGCAGCUAACUCUCCUCGCGGAUUCCUUCGUACGCCUGCGACCAUUAAUCUCCUCAAGAAUGCUCCGCAGCCCGCAACAGGCAUGUCCGUUAUCUUGCAAUAUUUUGGGAUGCUCCUUGAUCAAGGUGGUAUGAACCAAUAUGAGAGUGUGGAGCUGGUGAGACCUGUGCUGCAGCAAGGUCGAAAACAUCUCCUGGAAAAAUGGAUGUCCGAAAACAAGCUUGGGUGUUCGGAGGAACUUGGUGAUCUGGUGCGCCCACAUGAUAUGAAUCUUGCACUCAACAUCUACUUGAAAGCCAAUGUGCCUCACAAAGUGGUCGCCGGCUUUGCCGAAACCGGCCAGUUCGACAAGAUUUUGGCCUUCUCAAAGCAAGCCGGAUACCAGCCAGACUACAUUCAGCUCUUCCAGCAUAUUAACAUGGUUCAACAAGCGACUGCUUUCCUGCUCGAUGCACUGAAAGAUAACAAGCCUGAGCAUGCACAUCUUCAGACGAGAUUGCUUGAGAUGAACCUUGUCAAUGCCCCGCAGGUCGCGGAUGCCAUACUUGGCAAUGAGAUGUUUACACACUACGAUAAAGCAAGAAUAUCGCAGCUUUGUGAAAAUGCACAGCUCUACCAACGUGCUCUGGAGAAUACCGACGAUCCUGCUGUCAUCAUGCGAAAUAUUGUCCGCACGGACAAGCUGAAUCCAGAAUGGUUAAUCAACUAUUUUGGACGCCUAUCGGUCGAGCAGUGUUUGGAGUGUAUGAAUGAGAUGCUGAAAUCCAACCUCCGCCAAAACCUGUCGGCUGUUGUUCAAAUUGCCACCAAAUUUUCAGAUCUCCUUGGUCCGACCAACUUGAUCAACCUCUUCGAGAAGUAUCGAACUGCUGAAGGCCUUUACUAUUACCUUGGCAGCAUUGUAAAUCUAAGCGAAGAUCCGGAUGUCCAUUUCAAGUAUAUCGAAGCUGCAACGGCAAUGAACCAACUGACCGAGGUAGAGCGCAUUUGCCGGGAAAGCAAUUACUACAACCCAGAGAAAGUUAAGAAUUUCUUGAAGGAAGCUCGCCUAACCGAGCAACUACCUUUGAUCAUUGUUUGCGACCGUUUCAACUUUAUUCAUGACCUUGUAUUAUAUCUUUAUCAAAGUCAGCAGUAUCGGUCCAUUGAGGUCUACGUCCAACGCGUUAACCCAUCCAGAACUCCAGCUGUCGUCGGCGGUUUGUUGGAUGUUGACUGUGAGGAGAGCAUCAUCAAGAACCUUCUGUCUACGGUUGACGCUGCAUCAAUUCCCAUUGAUGACCUUGUUUCUGAGGUCGAGUCUCGAAAUCGCCUUAAGAUCCUUCUUCCAUUCCUGGAGAAUACACUCGCCACUGGGAACCAGCAACAAGCCGUUUACAACGCUCUCGCCAAGAUUUAUAUCGAUAGUAAUAACAACCCAGAAAAAUUCUUGAAGGAGAACGAUCUCUACGAUCCUCUUAUCGUUGGAAAGUAUUGCGAGAAGCGUGAUCCCAACCUUGCCUAUAUUGCCUAUCGCAAGGGACAGAACGAUCUUGAGCUCAUCAAUAUCACCAAUGAGAACUCCAUGUACCGCGCUCAAGCUCGUUAUCUUUUGGAGCGUGCGGAUCCCGAAAUAUGGGCUUUUGUUCUUAACGCGAAUAACAUCCACCGCCGGGCAUUGGUAGAUCAAGUCGUCGCCACUGCCGUGCCUGAGUCUGCGGAGCCGGAUAAGGUGUCUAUUGCUGUCAAGGCCUUCCUCGAUGCCGACUUGCCAGGCGAACUCAUCGAACUUUUGGAAAAGAUCAUUUUGGAACCAUCCCCUUUCAGUGAUAAUAGCAGCCUGCAAAAUCUAAUGAUGCUUACCGCCGCCAAAGCCGAUAAAGGCCGCCUCAUGGAUUACAUCCAUAAACUUUCUGAGUUCAAUGCCGAUGAAAUUGCGACGAUGUGUGUUUCUGUGGGUUUGUACGAGGAGGCUUUUGAAAUUUACAAGAAGGUUGACAACCAUCUGGCUGCCACCAACGUCCUUGUCGAUUCCAUUGUUAGCAUCGACCGUGCACAGGAAUAUGCAGAGGGUGUUGAACUUCCCGAAGUUUGGAGCAAGGUAGCGAAGGCUCAGCUGGAUGGGCUCCGCAUUUCUGAUUCUAUUGCGUCAUAUAUCCGAGCUGGUGACCCGUCCAAUUAUAAUGAAGUAAUCGAAACUGCCACGCAUGCUGGGAAGGACGUUGACCUUGUCGAGUUCCUUAAAAUGGCUCGGAAAACGCUACGGGAAUCUGCUGUUGAUACCGCAUUGGCCUUCUGCUAUGCCAGGUUGGAUCAAUUAAGCGAGCUAGAGGACUUCUUGCGAGGUAUAAACGUCGCAGAUGUGGAGGCGUCUGGUGACAAGGCUUAUGAGGAAGGCUUCCAUGAGGCUGCCAAGAUAUUCUAUACCAGCAUCUCCAACUGGGCAAAACUUGCCACUACUCUCGUCCACCUCGAAGAAUAUCAGGCCGCCGUUGAGUGCGCUCGGAAAGCCAACAACAUCAAAGUAUGGAAGCAAGUCAACGAGGCGUGUGUUUCUAAGAAAGAAUUCCGUCUUGCUCAAAUUUGCGGUCUCAAUCUCAUUGUACACGCUGAAGAAUUGCAGGAUUUAGUUCAUCAAUAUGAGCGAAAUGGCUAUUUCGAUGAGCUUAUUGCUGUUUUGGAGGCUGGGCUCGGCCUGGAGAGAGCUCACAUGGGUAUGUUCACGGAAUUGGGUAUCUCUUUGUCCAAAUAUCACCCAGACAAAGUUAUGGAGCACCUGAAACUAUUUUGGACACGAAUCAACAUCCCUAAAAUGAUCCGGGCCUGUGAAGAGGCAAACCUGUGGCCAGAGCUGGUGUUCUUGUACUGUCACUAUGAUGAAUGGGAUAAUGCUGCACUAGCAAUGAUGGAAAGGGCAGCGGACUCCUGGGAGCACCACUCUUUCAAAGAUAUCAUCGUCAAGGUUGCAAAUCUCGAAAUUUACUACCGCGCGUUGAAUUUCUACCUUCAGGAACAACCACUGCUACUGACAGACCUUCUGCAAGUCCUUACUCCACGUAUUGAUGUCAACCGUGUCGUUCGCAUGUUUGAGAAAUCCGAUAAUAUUCCUCUUAUCAAACCAUUCUUGCUUAACGUGCAACCACAGAACAAGAAGGCCGUCAAUAAUGCUAUUAAUGACUUGUUGAUUGAAGAGGAAGAUCACAAGACCUUGCGAGAUUCGGUGGAGAAUUAUGACAACUACGAUCCUGUGGAGCUAGCCCAGAGACUUGAGAAGCAUGACCUGGUCUUCUUCAGACAAAUCGCGGCCAGCAUCUACCGCAAAAACAAGAGAUGGGAGAAAUCAAUUUCUCUUUCAAAACAAGACAAGCUCUUCAAGGAUGCUAUCGAGACUGCGGCUAUCUCAGGAAAGACUGAAGUUGUGGAAGAACUGCUAAGAUACUUCGUGGAUAUCGGUAGCCGAGAAUGUUACGUUGGCAUGCUAUACGCCUGCUAUGACCUCAUCCGACCAGAUGUGGUCAUGGAAAUCUCAUGGCGCCACAGACUGACCGACUUUUCCAUGCCCUACAUGAUCAAUCUUCUUAGCCAACAAGUCCGCACUGUUGAGCUUCUCAAGAAGGACAACGAAGAACGCAAGGCCCGCGAAGCGUCCCAGAAAAAGGAAGAAGACAACACCCCAGUUCUAGGUGGAUCACGACUUAUGCUCACCCAAGGCCCGGCGGCGGCUCCGCCAUCUGCAAGUCCCAUUCCGUUUGGCCAUACGAACGGUAUCACGCCCCAGCCCACUGGAUUCCGACCCUUUUGA